AUGCAUGUGUCUUCUAGCUGCGAUGAGAUCGUGGGUGGAGCGCCGAUUGCUUCAGGGUCAGUGCUGAUCAGCUUGUCGGGUGCUCACGACGUGAGUCUGGCAGUGGACGGCAUCUCAACGCCAGUGGUUUCGGCUGGCUGGUGGUCGGAUUGCGGUUAUGUACUCGGUGACCCUACGAACUUCGGCGGUGGAUGUGCGGUGGGAGAAGCUUGGAUAGGCAUGGACAGCGGCUUCACCACUUUCGAGACCAAGUGCAUCCGCUUGAUGCAGCCUGUGGAUUCGAAUCACUCGGCCUCGACCAUAGGACUGGACCGUUGGGAUGGCAGCAGCUGGGUACGUGUCAAGACCUUCGUGAACACGGGAGGCGUGGAAGCCGAUGGUCGCUUUCUGGACCUGACAGUGGAGCCCGACUCGAAGUGGCGGCUGAAACCCCUCUUAGCAGAGGCCAAUUGGGACCCUUGGCCUACUGCGACGGAGUGGGCCGUCGCGGAGCUCGAGCUUUUUGACAACGUGGAGUGUCGGGACCCCCCGUUGGUCGCCCGCUUCAGCGGCUCCGGAUUCGUAGGAGAUGGCGUGACGGCUUCCGAUGCCGCCUUCGUCCCUGGCCGUGCCCAGGAUGGAGAUCUUGCCACUGUGUGGGCCGCUCCCUGCCCUUCCGGCGUAGCCUGCGGUGCCGAGGGAGCCUGGCUCGAGGCACAGCUCCGUGUGCCCAGCAUAGUGCGCUGCUUGAGGCUCUUCCAAUCCACAGCCUGGCCCUCCGCGGUGAUCUCGCUUGAAUCGGGAAGUGGGACGGUCUACACCAACGUCAGUCGCUUCUCCCAGCUGUCAGGGGGUUCCUGGGAGCACUUAGCCCGGUGGGAGGUGGCCAACAAAGCCUUGGGCAGUAUGUGGCGGCUGGUGCCGACAGGAGUCGCGCCGGAGGCUUGGCGGAUCGUCCAGAUCGAGCUCUUCUCAGCAGAAAACUGCUCCUCCCCGCUGGCCUUCCAGACCUUCGCCUCGGGUGGCUUCGGUAUGGCCCUGGCGGGCGAUGGGGAUCUCGCCAGCGCGUGGCAGGCCGCGACUUUGGUAGCCUCCGGGACCUGGCUGGGGCGCUACGAGGGCACGGAGACCUUGCACAGGCUGGCGUGGCCUUGGCUGGGGCUCAGCACGGCGGACGGCGUUAUGCCCCUAUGCCUGCGACUGCUCCAGGCGAACGAGAGUCUCCACUUUGCCAACGACCUCGUCCUUCAACGUUGGAGCGGUUCCGCUUGGCUCGACUAUCAGGUGUCUUUGAGCGGCAUCGGCACGAUUGCGCCGCACUUUACAGAACUGGGUGUAGGCUUGAGCUAUCUCCCCGAGACCUGGGCGCGGAUGCCCUUCCUCGAUCGCUUGCAGUGGCGGGUGCAAGCGCUCGACGUGAUGCUGAACUCUUGGGCUUUGAAGGAGCUGCAGCUCUACGAAACCGUCGACUGCCAGCAGGAGGUGGAGGGGCUGUACAUUGCAGCAGGGGAGGAUCCGCUGCAGCCUUCUCGAAAUGCUAGCCUGGCUUUUGACCAAGACCAGCUCACCGAUUGGUGGUCCGUGUGCACUCGAUGCUUGAAGGGAGCUGCGUGGAUUGGCAAGGCACUGCCACGGGCGAGGAACAUCCGCUGCUUCCGGCUGUUCCAGUCCAGUCUCCCAGCCCGUGGCAACGCAGAUGCUCCCUGGUGGACUGGGCACGUGAGUUUGGACAAGUGGAACGGCAACCGCUGGGCGGCUGUUGCGACUUUCACCGGGCUCUCGCGCGGCGUCUGGGAGCGGCGUCGGGAAACGGGUGUCACCACUGACGAUCAGACGAACGCAGCGGAGCGCCGUGCCGGAGGAGAGUUUGUCCGUGGGGUUUCAAGCGCCCGGUCCUUCAUCGGCAGCGAAGAGUUUCCGGCAGAAUCUGGCCGAUACCACCUCUACGUUGCCUUCAACUGUCCCUGGUGCCACCGGGUUGCGCUGGUUCGGGCGGUCUUGGGUCUCGAGGAUGCGAUCUCCAUGGAUGUGUGCUUUCCGGGGCGCACCACCAGCGCAGACGAGCGAGGUGAGAACCUCUGGCGCUUUGCUCCGGAAGGCGCCACAGGGCAAAACGGUCGCCAUGUCACCUUCCCAGAAUGUACAGCUGACACCGUGGGUGGAAAGAAGUACAUCGUUGACAUCUACGCCGAGUCGGGGCUGGAACAGAAGUCCAUACCCAUCUUGUACGACAAGGUGUCUCGGAAGGUGGUAAACAAUGAAAGUGCAGAGAUCAUGCGCAUGUUUGAGACCGUGAUGUUGCCGUAUGCAAAGCGCCCCCUCGAGUUGUACCCGGCAUCACUGCAACAAGAAGUCGAGGAUACCAACACUUGGUUGUACACGGAUAUCAACAACGGGGCGUACAAGGCGGGCUUCUCCUCGAAUCAAGACGUCUACGAGACGGCUUUUGCGGCCUACUUCGCCGCCCUGGACCGGCUCAAUGGAUUGCUGGAGGGCAAGGACUUCAUCCUCGGCGCAGUAACAGAGUGUGAUUUGCGUGCCUUCACGACGCUUUGGCGCCAUGAUCCCGUUUAUCACAACCGCAUGAAGCUCAACCAGGCUUUCCUGUUCGAGUAUGCCGGGGUCUGGAAAUGGAUGGGCCGGAUGAUGGCCCUUCCUGGAAUCGAGAGUGUGGUUCAUGAAGGCAUUCUCGCCCACGCAAAGCAAGGAUACUUCGGGCGCACCGGCAACGGCACCAUUCCCAUCGGUCCCAAGGGGUACCCGCAAUGCUACGGCAAAGUGACAGAAGCAGACAGGUCUGAGGUGGGGUAUACUUUAGACUCGGAGCGCAGGGAUCUCCAGCUCUCAUGGCUUUGA